AUGUUUCUUUCGAAACCUUAUACAAAUUCCGCUCCUAAUGAGUCUGCUUCCUUCGCCAGGAAAAAGAAAUGGGAUCCAGUACAAAUCUAUUUACGUUCUGUCGACUGGAAACAACGAAUAUGGGGAAUAUUUGGACUUUUGUCAAGUGGUGGUGUAGUCUUUCUAGCAGGAGAUCUUCUUUACGCUUGGUGGGUAAACCAAUCUAAUGAGCGACGUGUUAACAAAACUAUGGAAAAAGGCACUCGACCACAUUUGGCGGUGUUGGAGGCUGAGUAUGUUCCUCGGCCUGAAGUUAUAGAGCGCCUUAAGGAAAUUUUUCAACCAAAUAAAUAUCAUUCACAUUAUCAUGCUGUUUGCGGAGAACAUGGGACUGGAAAAACGACAUUGACCAUGAUGGUGGCAAACGAAGUUGGGAAAGGUGUUAUAUACAUUGAUAUUCCUUCAAAUCUUAACAAUCUGGGUGACGAGUUUGGAAAAGCUAUCAAUUUCAUUUUCGAAGAAGAUGCCUCAUUUACAAUGCAACUGAAACGAAAAAUUUUUUACGAGACUAAUG